CCGGCGCCGCGGCGCUCGGGUUUUGUUUGGGUCCCGGGUGGAGGGCGCGGGUGCCGGGGCCCGAGGUGCCGCCUUGCUAGCGGGAGAGGGAGCGGGAUCACCAGCCCGGAGAGAGCUCUCAGGGCCAGGGUCGGGCAGGAGGAUGCUUUCCCAGCCCCACCAUGGAGCUGCGCUGUGGGGGAUUGCUGUUCAGUUCUCGCUUUGAUUCGGGGAACCUAGCCCAUGUGGAGAAGGUGGAAUCUGUGUCUAGUGAUGGGGAAGGGGUAGGAAGUGGGGCAUCAGCCCCCACCAGUGGCAUUGCCUCUUCCCCUGACUACGAAUUCAACGUGUGGACCCGACCAGACUGUGCUGAAACGGAAUUUGAGAAUGGGAACAGAUCAUGGUUCUACUUCAGUGUCCGGGGAGGAACUCCAGGGAAACUCAUCAAGAUCAACAUUAUGAACAUGAACAAGCAAAGCAAGCUGUAUUCCCAGGGAAUGGCCCCCUUUGUGCGCACACUGCCCACCCGGCCACGCUGGGAACGCAUUCGAGACCGGCCCACCUUUGAGAUGACAGAGACGCAGUUUGUGUUAUCCUUUGUUCACCGUUUCUUGGAGGGCCGUGGGGCCACCACCUUCUUCGCCUUCUGCUACCCCUUCUCAUACAGUGACUGCCAGGAUUUGCUAAACCAGCUAGACCAGCGCUUUCCGGAGAACUACCCUACCCAUAGCAGCCCCCUGGAUACCAUCUAUUACCACCGAGAGCUCCUUUGCUAUUCUCUGGAUGGACUUCGUGUAGAUCUUCUAACGAUCACUUCCUGCCAUGGGCUUCGAGAAGAUCGAGAGCCCCGUCUAGAGCAGCUAUUUCCUGAUACCAGCACCCCCCGACCAUUCCGUUUCACAGGCAAGAGGAUAUUCUUCUUAAGCAGUAGGGUACACCCUGGGGAGACUCCUUCUAGCUUUGUCUUCAAUGGCUUUCUGGACUUCAUCCUUCGACCCGAUGAUCCCCGGGCCCAAAUCCUUCGUCGCCUCUUUGUCUUUAAGCUGAUUCCCAUGUUGAACCCCGAUGGUGUGGUCCGGGGCCACUACCGCACAGACUCACGUGGAGUGAACCUGAACCGUCAGUACCUGAAGCCUGAUGCCGUCCUGCACCCGGCCAUCUAUGGGGCUAAAGCUGUGCUUCUCUACCACCAUGUGCACUCUCGUCUGAACUCCCAGAGUCCAUCUGAGCACCAGCCCUGUCCCCAUCUCCCUCCUGAUGAUCUCUUUUCUGACCUUGAGAAAGCCAACAAUCUCCAAAAUGAAGCUCACCGUGGACUCUCACCUGAUGGGGAUAACCUUGAGGCCUGGACCCAGGCAGAGCCAGCAGAACGGAAGCCCAGCAGUGUGUGGAUCAUGCCACAACAGUCUACUGAGCUUGUGGAGCCAGCCCCUGAUACCAUCCCUCCCAAAGAGAGUGGUGUUGCUUACUAUGUGGACCUGCAUGGACAUGCUUCCAAAAGGGGCUGCUUCAUGUAUGGAAACAGCUUUAGUGAUGAGAGCACCCAGGUGGAAAACAUGCUAUAUCCAAAGCUCAUCUCCUUGAAUUCAGCCCACUUCGACUUCCAGGGCUGCAAUUUCUCAGAGAAGAACAUGUAUGCCCGAGACCGCAGAGAUGGCCAGUCCAAAGAGGGAAGCGGUCGUGUUGCAAUCUACAAAGCCUCAGGGAUAAUUCACAGCUACACACUUGAAUGCAACUACAACACUGGACGCUCAGUAAACAGCAUCCCUGCUGCCUGCCAUGACAAUGGGCGUGCCAGCCCCCCUCCCCCACCGGCUUUCCCCUCGAGAUACACUGUGGAACUAUUCGAGCAGGUGGGAAGAGCUAUGGCCAUUGCAGCUCUGGACAUGGCAGAAUGUAAUCCAUGGCCCCGAAUUGUGCUGUCAGAGCAUAGCAGCCUCACUAACCUACGGGCCUGGAUGCUAAAACAUGUGCGCAACAGCCGGGGCCUAAGCAGCACUGUGAAUAUGGGUGUCAAGAAGAGAGGCUCCCGAACUCCACCCAAAAGUAACAAUGGAUUGCCCGUUUCCUGCUCUGAAAACACCUUGAGCCGGGCGCGAAGUUUUAGCACUGGCACAAGUGCUGGUGGUAGCAGCAGCAGCCAACAAAAUUCUCCACAGAUGAAGAACUCCCCCAGCUUUCCUUUCCAUGGCAGUCGGCCUGCAGGGCUGCCAGGCCUGGGCUCUAGCACCCAAAAGGUCAGCCACCGGGUGCUGGGCCCCGUCAGAGAGCCCCGAAGCCAGGACAGGAGACGGCGGCAGCAGCCACCAAACCAUCGCCCUACUGCAGGAGGCCUGGCCCCAUCCCCAACUCCUGCUAGGUCUGGCCCAGCCACCUCACACAACCUGGGCUCCUGCCUACUACCCGGUUCACUCAGCAUAUCAGGGAACAGCUACUCACUUUUGUCCUCAGGGGACAAGCCAGAGGCUGUCAUGGUGAUUGGGAAAGGUCUGCUAGGGACUGGAGCUCGGAUCUCCUGCAUCAGGACUCGAUUGCAGACCGGCCCGAGGAGAGUUUCCACCAGGAGGGGUCCCGGAUUCCCCAGGCUAGGCCCAGGUUGGGCCGGGGCUCACCGCCGACUAGCAGAAGGAUGAAAGGCUCUUCAGUCCCCACGUCCCCUAUUCCCCGGACCAGGGAAAGCAGUGAGCCGGAGCUGGGACCCUGCUCUGCUACACCAGGGUGAGCA